UAUGAUGAAAUAAAACCCAGUCGGGUCAACAACACUCUGAGAAAAAACCGGUUCUGAUCUAAUCGUAUUUGCAGGAGGCUUGGUGAUCUUCAACAACAAUCUCGAUUCGAUUCGAUUCAAUUCGAUUCGAUUCUCAUAGCCGUCCAUUUCGACUCACAUAGGAAAACAUCAUGGGAUUCUGGACACUGAUGGAAGGGUUGUUGCUAUUCGCAAACGCACUUGCUAUCCUCAACGAAGACCGUUUCUUAGCUCCCAGAGGAUGGACACUCACCGAGCUUCACCAAACCGGCAAAAGAAACUCCCUCAAAGGCCAGAUCGUUGGUCUCAUCCACGCCUGCCACUACAUGAGGCUCCCUCUCAUGCUCUUUAACUUGAUUGUCAUCGUUUUUAAGCUCUUCUCCGGUUAAAACAAGCCAAACUAUAGUAGAUUCUAAUAAUUCACAACCUAAACAGUAAACACACUUCUCUUCUUUGUCGUUGAUUUAUUAAAAUUCAAAACCCGGCAUUGUAUUACAUUAUUGUUCUGAAAAGACAAGUUUUUUGAGACCAAAAGCUAUAAACUUUGGAUA